AUGUACUCCCUCCUAAGCAAUGCAAUCAGCAACGGCGUCCCUAACAUUCCUCUGGAGAACUAUCGUAACUUCGCGAUUGUUGCACAUAUCGACCACGGAAAGUCAACUUUAUCAGAUCGACUGUUGGAAUACACCGGGACUAUCCGAAAAGAUGCCGAUAACAAACAGGUUCUCGACAAGCUGAAGGUGGAACAAGAACGAGGUAUCACGGUCAAGGCGCAGACAUGUACAAUGUUCUACCAACACAAGGGUCAGGAUUAUCUGAUCAACCUUAUCGACACACCUGGACACGUUGAUUUCAGAGCAGAAGUAUCAAGAAGUUUGGCAGCAUGUAAUGGAGCAUUACUCCUCGUCGACGCCGCUCAGGGUAUCCAAGCACAAACCGUCGCAAACUUCUACCUUGCGUUCGCAGAGGGACUGGAGAUGCUGCCAGCCCUGAACAAAAUCGACCUCCCAUCCGCAGACCCCGAGCGUGUGCUGACACAGAUGCGGGACACCUUCGAAAUCGACACCAGCGAUGCACUCAUGGUAAGUGCCAAAGCUGGCCUCGGCAUCGAGACCGUUCUCCCAGCUGUCAUCGAACGGAUGCCACCACCCUCCGGAGACGCCGCUGGAAGGUUGAAGUGUCUCCUAAUCGACUCUUGGUACGACAACUACGUCGGCGUUAUCGCCCUUAUCCGAGUCUUCGACGGUACCAUGAGAAAAGGUGACAAAAUUACCUCCGCCUACACCGGCCUCAAAUACGAAGUCGGCGAAGUAGGGAUCAUGCACCCUGACCGCACACCCAUUAAGGAGUUAAAAGCGGGUAUGGUCGGAUACAUCAUUACCGGCAUGAAAGAAUCAAAGGAAGCCCACAUCGGUGACACCUACAUGAAAGUCGGCGAAAAAGUCGAUCCACUACCCGGCUUCGAGCCUACGCAGCCCAUGGUCUUCGUCGGAGCAUACCCCAUCGACGCCGUCGAUUUCACCAAACUCGACGAGAGUAUCUCUCAUCUCGUCCUCAACGACCGUUCUGUCUCUAUCCAAAAAGAGACUUCAACAGCUCUUGGCCAGGGAUGGCGUAUCGGGUUCCUCGGGACUCUGCACUGCUCCGUCUUCCAAGAUCGUCUGAAGCAGGAGUACGGAAGCGAAGUCAUUAUUACUGCUCCCACCGUACCCUUUAAAGUCAGAUACCAAGACGGAUCAGAGGCAAUCAUCUCCAACCCAUACGAUUUCCCUGACUUGACAACCAGAAGCGGUCCGAAUCCCGUCGAGGAUGUUCAAGAGCCAAUUGUCGAGGCAACGAUGAUGUUUCCGCAGGAAUAUCUCGGACCUAUCAUCGAACUCUGCGAAGCGAACCGUGGAGAACAAAAGGAAUGUACAUUCAUGAAUACAGGCGAACGUGUCCUGCUCAAAUACGCCCUCCCCCUCAGCCAACUCGUCGACGAUUUCUUCGGGAAAUUAAAGGGCAUGUCAAAAGGUUAUGCAUCCCUCGACUACGAAGAUUCCGGCUACAGAACAGCGGACCUCGUCAAACUCACCCUCCUCGUCAACAAAAAACCCGUCGAUGCACUCGCUGCAGUCUGCCACCGCUCCCAAGUCGACCGCAAAGGCCGCGAAUGGGCAAAACGCCUCAAAAACCUCCUCGAUCGCCAACUAUACGAGAUCAUCAUCCAAGCUACUGUCGGACAAAGAGUCAUCGCGCGAGAGAGUAUUUCGGCCAUGAGGAAGGAUGUUACGGCGAAGUGUUACGGAGGAGAUAUUACGCGCAAGAUGAAGUUGUUGAGUAAGCAGAAGGAGGGAAAGAAGAGGAUGAAGACGAUUGGAAAUAUUCAGGUUGAUCCGAGGAAGUUGUCGGAUUUCUUGACGAAUAAGGAUGUCUGA